AUGAAUAAUUCAGAAGUAACAUUUGAUAAUUUUACAAUUCUUAAAGAGUUUAGUAACAUAGCCAAUUUAGUAAGGAAUGAAGAUUUUUUAGAAACUGUGCCAAAGGCUAAACUUAGGAGGGUCAAAUGGGUUCCCAUGUUUAACUGUUUAAAAAGAGGUAUACUUGAUGAAAUGAUUCAAGAAUUAAGUGCUAUGUGGCAAUUUGAAAAUAUGCCAGAAAAAUUGGAAAUUUUAGAAAAGCAAAAAGAAAAAUUUGCAGAAAUAAAUCCAGAUCAACCUGCUUGGAGACCACAAAAUUAUGAAAUUAAAACCCAGUUAAAAGCUGCUGACAUGGCUAACUUACAAAAACAAAAGACAUUGCUUGAAAGUUUAGCCAAAGAGUAUGAAAUGAGAGUAAACAGGUUGAAAAAGAUUAUCAUAGCUAAAAGGGGAUAUUUGAAGGCUUUACAGAUGGAUAUACAUAAGUACCAAAAAAAAAGUGAUGAAUUUGUAGCAAAAAUUGGUGAAAAAAUUGAAAACCAUAAAAAUCUUGCAGACCUAAUUGUACCUGUUAAGACUAACAUUGAUAAUAUUAACUGGUCUAGAGGAGAAUUAUUGGAUGAUGAG